ACAACAUCCUACUCUUCACCUAUGAUGGCCGAACAUGUAGAGGAAAGCAUAACCCAAGUAGCUAGGGGAUUUAACCACAAUUACUACCAACCCCUGCACGUAGCAAUAUUAAAAGGUGAUUGGGAAUCUACAAAGGCCUUCAUUGAUAAUGACCCAAGUGCAUUGACAGCAAAGAUCACCAUAUUUAGCGAUACUGCACUGCAUGUUGCAGCUUUAGGAGGUCAGUGGCAACUUGUUGAGAAGUUGGUGCAACUUACGCCUGCACAUGUACUUGGAGAGCUGGACUUGAGGGGUCGUACUUGCCUGCACUAUGUUGCAUUCGGUGAGAGCACAAAGACUGCCAAGGCAUUGGUGGCUAGAAAUCCUUCUCUGACACAACUUACUGACUUCGAAGGAUUCACACCUCUCUUCUAUUCCUCUACCAGAUGUAAAGAAAUGGUGUGGUACCUUGUCUUGAACACUACAGAUGAGACACCUGGCUGUCCAUUCUCUGGUCCUUCUGCUGGGGACCUUGUGGGUAGGCUCACUGCUUCAGGAUUUCAUGAUAUCACCAUGUAUCUACUCCAGCGCUACCCUAACUUGGUCACUGUUUCUUAUCCAAAUGGAAGCAGCGUUAUACUUUAUUUAUUGUCAAACAGGCCCUCAGACUUCCAAAGUGGUAAAAAUCUUGGGUUUUGGGGAAGAUGCAUUUACCAUUGUGUUCCAGUGGAACUCGAUUAUUUACCACCAAGUCAGCUGAGAGGAGAUUUGAAAGAUUCUUAUGGCGAAUCAAACUAUCACCAAUCUUAUUUUGGAGUUACAAUAUGGAAUGCAAUUCAGAAUCUUGUUCCUAGCAUAAAGCUAGUUAGAGAUGCGAAGUUGAGACACGUAUCUGCUGUGAGAUUGGUAGAGCUUGUUUGCUCACAAGUUUCAACCAUGAACGACUCUGAAUUCUGGAAGUCUUUUGUGAGUGGAUACAUUAUUCUCAAUGCCACAUCAGUUGGCAUAGUUGAAAUUUUGAGGAUAUGUUUCCACUUUUUUCCUGAUUUGGUUUGGGCUAGCGUUCGAAAUGAAGGGAAUAUAGCUCAUAUUGCCAUCAAGAAUCGGCAAGAAAAGGUUUUAAGUCUUCUGUGCAAGAUGCCAAUAAUUUUCCAGAUUUUAGUCUUGGACAGAGGUGAUCCACAAACUACUUCAUCACAUCUGGCCGCAAGGUUUGCUUCUCAUAAAGUGGCAUCAAUUUCUGGUGCAGCAUUUCAAAUGCAAAAAGAGUUACAGUGGUUUAAGGAAGUAGAGAAAUUGGACUACCCUGCCCAUAAAGAAUAUAAAAACAAAGAUGGUAAAACACCUUGGCAAUUGUUCAGAGAAGAGCACAAGACAUUGCAUGAGGAAGGGGAGAAAUGGAUGAAGGAUACAUCAAACUCUUGUAUGUUAGUGGCAACUCUUAUUGCUACAGUUGUGUUCGCUGCUAUUCUAACUGUACCUGGAGGUAACAGCCAGGACAAAGGAAUUCCAAUAUUCUUGCACGACCGCACAUUCAUGGUGUUUGCUGUGUCAGAUGCAUUUGCUUUGUUUUCCUCUAUGGCUUCUCUUUUGAUGUUUUUAUCAAUCCUAACUGCACGCUAUGCUGAAGAAGAUUUUCUCAAGACAUUACCACAAAGAUUAAUAUUUGGACUGGCUCUUUUGUUCUUUGCUAUAGUAACUGCACUGAUAGCAUUUGGUGCAGCUCUCUCUUUGGUUCUAAGGGAGAGACUAAAUUGGGUUUCAAUUCCAAUUGCUCUUCUGGUUUGUGUCCCAGUUGCUCUAUUUGCAAAGCUUCAACUUCCCUUGUUCAUACAAAUGAUCAUAUCAACUUAUGGAUCUCUCCUACAUCAUCCUGAGAGUCUUUGGUAUGGCUUUUGUGUUGUUCGAGCACCUGAAAAACAAGACAAAGCAAAGAAAACAAAUAUCAUAUAG